AUCCCCCAAACGCAGGUCCCUAAUCCUACGGAAUAAUUCAGCUCGUGAAUGCACUUGGAGGCCGAGAUGACCGCUUUAUAAGGCAGACCCUCGGAGCCGGGGGGCCGCAGUAGUCCACCUGGGCGCUGCAAGAGGCGCACGAGGCGGAGAGUGGACGGGUGCCUCACGCCACCGCCUCUCUCCAGGGCGCGCUCUGACCAGGAUGUCAGACAAGCUCAAGGAACGCAAAAGAACCCGUGUUUCCCACAAAGUGAUAGAAAAGAGGAGGAGGGACCGGAUUAACCGCUGUUUGAACGAGCUGGGCAAGACAGUGCCCAUGGCCCUGGCAAAGCAGAGUUCCGGGAAGCUGGAGAAGGCGGAGAUCCUGGAGAUGACCGUUCAGUACCUGAGGGCGCUGCACUCCGCUGAUUUUCCCCGGGGAAGGGAAAAAGCAGAACUGUUAGCGGAGUUUGCCAACUACUUCCACUACGGCUACCACGAGUGCAUGAAGAACCUGGUGCACUACCUCACCACCGUGGAGCGGAUGGAGACCAAGGACACCAAGUACGCGCGCAUCCUCGCCUUCUUGCAAUCCAAGGCCCGCCUGGGCGCCGAGCCCGCCUUCCAGCCCCUGGGGUCAUUAUCGGAGCCAGAUUUCUCCUAUCAGCUGCACCCCGCGGGUCCCGAGUUCGGGGGCCACAGCCCGGGCGAGGCCUCCGUGUUCCCGCAGGGUGCGGCCACCGGACCCUUCCCCUGGUCGCAGGGCACGGCCCGCAGCCCGGGGCUGCCUUACCUGCCCAGCACGCCCUUGCCGCUCCCGAGCCCCACCGCGCAGCAGCACAGCUCCUUCCUAGGGCCAGUGCAGGGCCUGGACCGGCACUAUCUCAACCUGAUUGGUCACGCCCACCCCAGCGGCCUCAACCUGCACGCGCCCCAGCACCCGCAGGUGCUCUGACACCUGCCCGCCCGCCAGAUUGCUCUGGGCCUCGGGCACUGCUUAGGAGAGAUACUGUAUAUUGUACAGGUGUAAAUAUUGGGCCACAAAUAGCUGGAUCUGGGAAGGCCAAGAGCAUAUUAGCCUUCUGAAGG